UUUUUUUUUUUUGACUUUUGUGUUCGAUUUUAGCCAGCAAGAUACAAGAGGACCCUUUCGUCCUCCCGAAGAAUCCUCUCGAUCUCACUAUUACGCUUCAGUACAGACCAUGUUUUUGUUUCGUUCUCUUCUCCCCACUUCCGCUAAGCUCCGGACACAGGAUUUCUGUCGUAAUUAAUUGAGAACAAAAUAAUUUUUCUAGCAAUAUUAUGCGAGUUUUAAAAGUGUUACUUUUAAAGAAGUUUUGUCUUUUCGGCGAGUGUUUAUAAGCAAGAGUCGAUGCUCAUCCGUUAUAAGGUGUUAUUAGUGUGUUUCGUGAAGCCAGCGGGUCACCGUUCGUGUUCCGUUUAUCUCAUGACACCCAAUUGUGGUUAUGUCAAGGAAAAAGUUUGACAAAUGUUCUUAUCAUCGCGUAGUUUUACAAAUUUAUCAGUUAAGUAACCGAUGUACCAUAUAUGGACUUCGAUUGCAGCUAUAAGAUGGGUUGCUACAGAGCUCUAGCGUUUAGUGUCGACUUGAGGCGGAGGUGUGAAGUUUCAGCAGUAUACCUUUCACAACACACAUCGUCAGUGACAAGCGACUAGCGACUACUGCUAGAAGUUAUGCAGAUUUCAAAGAGGAACAAGAAGAAGACAUCCAUUAAGCCUGGUACAGUCGUUCUACAUCAGUUUGCUCCAACCGAUUUAUCAGUGAACGGUUCUCCACCAUGCUUAAAGCUGGAAACUUUCCUUCGCAUGGCAAAGAUCCCGUACGAAAAUGAUUAUGCCUUGAAGUUUUCCAAGAAGGGAAAAAUGCCAUGGAUCGAGUUCAACGGGCAAGAAGUUUCUGAUUCUAAUUUCUGUAUCCGGUUUCUGACGAGGGAGUUUAAAGUGGAUAUCGAUUCUCAUUUGACCAACACAGAAAAAGCCAUUGCUCACAGUGUCCGAACAAUGUUAGAGGAAAACACUUAUUGGGCCCUUGUUCACUGCCGCUGGUUGUCUAACUACGGAGCGAGCAUACGGAAGAAAUUGUUCGCAAAGUUGUUUGGUCAUCUUUUCUUUCCGCUGAAACAUCUUCUGGUGCACCGCGUGAAGAGUAAGAUCAGAAAAGACCUUUGGUCUCAAGGCAUUGGGCGUCACUCGGAGCAAGAUCUGUACGGGAUAGCCGAGAGAGAUUUACUUGCGGUCUCGGACAUUUUGGGCGAAAAUAAAUUCCUGUUUGGAGAAAAGCCUUGUCUAGCAGACGCGGGACUGUUUGCUUUCAUUGCAGCGUCCGCCUGGGACUGUCCAGAAAGUCCAUUUGAUGUACUCUUAAAGUCUAAAGCGAAAAAUCUUGAAAGUCACGCUCGGAGAAUGAAGGAACUGUAUUACCCAGACUGGGAUAAAAUCAUUUCAAGGAAAUCUAUAAGAUUCUGUGGCUCUUCACGCGCACUUCGGCCUUCCGGAAAAGUAACAACCAUGGAGAUUUCAGCGUCUGUUCCAUAUGUUGGCAUCGCUGCACUUGCAUUUGUUGUCAUUUAUCUUCUCUUGAAGCGACUUCCAAAGGGACAAAAGUGCGAGAAGCCCACCAAUUUAGGAACAGUUGUCCUACAUCAGUUUGCGCCGUACGAUGUGGUGGUGAGUGCAAGUCCUCCGUGCUUAAAGUUGGAAACUUUCCUUCGUAUGACAAAGAUCCCGUACGAAAAUGAAUAUGGUUUAAUGUUUUCCACAAAAGGGAAAAUGCCAUGGAUCGAGCUCAAUGGACAAGAAGUUGUUGACUCAAAUUUCUGCAUUCAGUUUCUAAACAAAGAAUUCCAAGUGGAUAUUGAUUCUCAUUUGAGCGCCAAAGAGAAAGCCAUAGCUCACAGUGUACGAACCAUGUUGGAGGAAAACACUUAUUGGACCAUGGUAUACUUCCGUUGGUGUUCUGACUAUGCACCAGUCCUCCGAGAGAGGUGGUUCGGCCAUCUUGUCUUUCCAGUAAAACAUCUGGUAUUUUACAUGUGGCAAAGAAAAUGCAAAAAGGAUCUGUGGGCGCAUGGCGUUGGUCGACACUCGGAGGCUGAUGUGUAUGGAAUAGGAGAGAGAGAUUUGCUUGCGGUUUCAGAAAUUUUGGGCCACAAGAAAUUCCUGUUUGGAGAGAAGCCUUGUCUAGCAGAUGCAGCACUGUUUGCUUUUAUCGCUGCGAUCGCCUGGGAUUGUCCCGAAAGUCCUUUUGCAUUACUCACCAAGUCUAAGGCAAAGAAUCUUGACGAACACGCCAAGCGAAUGAAGGAACUGUAUUAUCCAGAUUGGGAUGAAAUUAUUUCAAAGAAACAUAAAUCUGGUUAAGACCAUAACCACAUGCUGUCUUAGACUUUCCACCCUCAGGCUUUUCCUCCUAAGAAGAGACGGGAUAGCCUGUUCCAGACAUUCAGUUAGUUGGGUAGCAGCGAAUUUCAGUCUACUGGUAAUUAGCUUAACUUUGUUUACUUCCCUUUUUUCUGUGCAUGUCUGUAUUUCUUUGUUUUGUGUCCCUGACCUAAACAUGUAGAAUAGCACCCCUUUUGUUUUCCGUUUCUACUCUAUGAAAUUGUAAUUUUUAUAACUCUGGGGUGAAAUAUAAGUUC